AUGGCUUUAGCUGGAUCUGUCUACCCUGUUUAUUAUCAGUUUUUCCCUUCUCUAAUACAACAUCGAACUCGACAAUUAACUCAUCUAUUGAUUCUGAGAGUAACGAUGGAAGUCAUGACAACUUACGUGGCAUUUACGCUCUACAAGAUAAUGAGCAACUGGAGAAUAAAAGGAAAAACUAUAAUGAUAUCUUACUAUGUCAUCUGAAUAUUAAUAGUAUUCAAAAUAAACUUGAGGAACUUGUUGCAAUGAUCAGAAAACUAAAGGCUCACAUUAUCUUUAUCAGCGAAACAAAAAUUGAUUCCACAUUCCACAUACCCUGA